AUGGAAAAUAUAGAAAUUAGGGAAACAUACUGUCAACCUUAUGUUCUCAUUGAAACUGGUAAACUUCCAGUGAUAAAGGAAACUCGUGGAAACAAAAAUAAAAAACCAAGAAUGGAAGUUAUUAGCAAUGGUAGUGGCAUUGGGUGUGAUUCAGAUUUUCAAGAAGUUGAGCUAUUUAAAGAAAAUAUUACAGGCUUUGUUUAUGAUAAGCGUAUGCGCUUCCACUCAAAUAAUUUUGAUAAACACCAUCAUCCAGAAGAUCCUAAUAGAAUUACUACAAUAAAAAACACUUUAGAAAAAGCUGGCUGUUAUAAAAAAAUGAAGCAUAUUAAUGCAAGAGAGGCUACAAAACAAGAAAUUUGCCUUGCACAUACUGAUGAGCAUUGGAGUUUGAUAAAGAAGACUUCAGCCUUAUGCUCUAGUCUUUCAGCUGGUGGAGUAAUUGAAUUGUGUAAAGCAGUUGUUUCUGGAGAUGUUUCAAAUGGCUUUGCAAAUGUAAGGCCUCCUGGACAUCAUGCUGGAAUAAGUAAUGGAACACAGCAAAUAUUUUAUAAUGAUCCAGAUGUAGUUUAUUGUUCUUUACAUCUUUAUCAAAAUGGGUCUUUUUACCCUAAUAAAAAGCAAGCAGAUUAUAUGUAUGUUGGUGGAGAAAAUGCUUUAGGAAAAACAAUAAAUAUACCAUGGCCUUGCCCUGGUAUGGGUGAUAGUGAAUAUUUAUAUGCAUUUAACAAUGUUGUAAUGCCAAUAGCCUAUGAGUUUGCUCCUGACAUAGUAUUAGUUUCUGCUGGAUUUGAUGCAGCUAAAGGUGAUACAAUUGGAAAAAAUUUUGUAACUCCAAACGGAUUUGCACACAUGACUCAUAUGUUAAAGUCUUUAGCAAAUGGAAAGAUAGUUUUAGCUUUAGAGGGUGGCUAUAAUUUGAAUUCACUAUCUAAUUGUGCAUUAGCUUGUGUAAAAGUAUUACUUGGUGAGCCACCUGGCCAAUUGGAAAAAUUAAAACCUAGAAAAGAAUGUAUAGAAAUCAUUCAUCAAAUAAUACGCACGCAAUCAAAAUAUUGGAAAACACUAAUCCCUCGAUAUGUCAACAUUUCAGAAGAGAAAUAUGAAAUGAUGAGUCUUCCUCUUAUAUUGGAUAAUAAAUUAAAUGUGGAAUUUUCAAAAUCUGUUUGUUGCAGUUAUAACUUGUUUAAAAAAGAUGUUUUAUUUCUAUUUGUUCAUGAUAUGCCUGAAUUUAGAGCUGACACAACUGCAAUGUCAAAUUUACUAAAUGCUUAUGGAUCACAUAUGAUUAAUACUGUAUAUCAGUAUUUUGAUGUCAUUGUAAAAAAAAAAGGUUAUGGGAUAAUAGAUAUUGAUGUACCCUCAUUAACAAUAAAUUCAGAAACUGGAAUUCAAGAACUUAAAGAUUUAUUAUUAUAUAUAUGGAAUAAAUAUAUUAUAAUGAAUCUAUAUCAAUUUAAAAAUAUUAUCAUAAUUGGUUCAGGAAAAGGGUGUCAAAGUUUAGCUAAUUUCUUAAGUUUUAUAGAAAGCUUAUUAUGUGUGUUAUUAAUCCCGGGGCUAACUGAUGUUCCAUCCAUUUCAAAUAAUUGCGAAUUAAUUGAUUGGUAUAACAAAAUUUCCUAUGUAUUUUUGCCUUCAAAUCAUGAUUAUUGGAAUAAUGAGCCUAAAAAAGAAUGUGGAAAUUGUAUCAAUGUAGAUGGUAAAUGA